GGCCAAGGUUGCACAGAGUAGCUGAGAGAAGCUGAGAGCAGCUGAGAGACAAGUCGAGCUCACAUUUGCCCUUAAAGUUAGCAGCUAUCCGUGCAGCAUGCUUGGCCACGCAGUGCGCAGAUUCACCACCUCCGCAGUCCGCGCGUCUCACUACGCUGAGGGACCGGGACAGAACCUGCCAUUCUCAGUAGAUAACAAGUGGAAGCUGCUGGGGAUGAUGGUGCUGUUCUUCGGCAGUGGCUUUACCUUUCCCUUCAUCGUAGUCAGGCACCAGAUCCUGAAGAAGUGAAGCUCUGGCUUGUCUGAUAUGGUCAUUGUGAAUACGUGUCCACAGCAGCUCUCUUCAUUCUUCAGAUGUGGCUCCCUUAAUGCUAAUUUGUAAAUAAAAUGAUAUAAUCUUA